AUGAAUGCCAUCCCAGAUCACCUUGGUAAGAGGCAACGGCCUUUAAUUGACCAACAACUCGCUGACCGCACGGUCAAAACAUUGAGGACUUCGGCACCACAGGCUGUUUCUGGUACUCAGCCGUUUUUCAUUGCAACAGGCUUUUACAAGCCCCAUCUUCCUUUUGAGUUCCCGGAGUCCUUUCUUGGGCAUAACCGUGAUGUUGAACUACAUUCCAAUGUGUAUGCACCGCGAGAAAUGCCUACAAUCGGCUGGAGUCCAUAUAUGGAACUGAGCUCGAACGUAGAUAUCAGAAAAGCUUCGCGUGUUAUGAAAUUUGACAAAGUUUUGACAAAGAAAUUUUCAAGCGGCUCAACACCAGUCACCAAGAAAAUUCAAGAUGGGGCGUGGGCCGAAAUAACGGAAAAAGUGAAUUCCGUCGGUCGUGCGUGUCGCACGAUUGACGACGUGGAAGAAAAAUAUCGGAAAAUGGUCGCGAAGGCCAGAGAGUCGCUUACGAUGGAGCGAAAAAACGCCCGGCAGACGGGUGGCGGACAUGCGAUGAAAGCCGCAGACACGGUAACGAUGUCAAUCAUUGAAACAAUGAAGGACACGCCGUCCUUCGGUGGGAUUCUGGGUGCUUCUCAAUCCGAAACCACCAUCGGUAUGUGA